UCCUACCCCACUUCCGAGGCCCGUUCCGAAAGCCCUACAUAAUCCCGACGAACCUCACAACGUCACGCCAUUGUUUAUAGCACCGAUUCCUCUCCUUGUAUUCCCUUCCGCAAUUAUCCAAAGCAUAUUUCGAGCACCUACGACGACACACAAACCUUCCAAAAUGGUCCUCCAACUCAAGCCCAUGACCCCCUCCGACAUCCCCUCCUUCGUCGCCCUCGGCGCGGCCGCCUUCCGCAGCGGAAUGGCUUCCUUACUCCACCCGGAACCUCAUACUCCCGAACAAAUCCAAUCCGACAUUGACCGCCACCUCAACACCAUGAAGAACGAGACGGACGCGCAUUACCUCAAGGUCGUUGACUCGGAGCUGGUCAACGACGACGGCACCAAGGGCAAGAUGAUUGCGGGGGCGAAGUGGAGGAUUAAUCUGCAGGAACGGAGCGAGGAGGUGGUCAAGGCGCAGAUGCGGAAGAUUGGAGAGGAUGAGAAAGUUACGGAUGCGUAUAGGGAUUUUUCGGCGUGGUUGGAGGGGAUGAGGUGGAAGUGGAUGGGGACGAAGCCGUUUUUCUUCCUGCACAUCCUCUGCACCCAUCCCGAUCACCACCGCCGCGGCGCUGGCGGCAUGCUCGUGCGAUGGGGUAUUGAACAGGCAGACAAAGAAGGACUGCCGACGUACCUAGAGGCGUCCGAGGCGGGCAAGCCGUUAUAUGAGAGGCUGGGGUUUGAAGAGGUGGAGGUCAAGCUGUAUGACCUCAGCAAGUACGGGGCUGAGGGAAUAGAAACGAACACUGUCAUGAUUAGAAAACCGAGGACUGUGGAUGGGACGAUCUAGAAGAGCAGAGGGGCUAGCCUCGACGUGCAAAGCGGAAUUGAUACAUAUCAACAAUGGAGACAUCUCAGCUGGGCUGGGUUUCAUCAGUGAGUUCCCAAAUGCCCUCCCAAACUGAAUUCAACUGCUGCAGCGCGCUCUACGGGAGGGUUCCGGAAGUCAGCGGCUCUGCGGACGCCGAAAACUAGAUCCGGAAGCCGAU